CACUGUUGUGCAGGUGUUUUGCAUAAGGGAGCCACUCGCUUUCGCCUUAACAGACGCUACCUGAAGUCAUGACUGACCAGGUGGCUACCAUGUGCGAUCAGCUUUUCAAAGCUGUGAAUGUGAUGAUGGAUGCAGAAACAAGCCAAAUUUACCGACUGGAGGCCCUAAAGUUUUGCGAAGAGUUUAAAGAGACCAGCUCCUUCUGUGUCCCAUGCGGCUUACAAUUAGCCGACAAAGCCCAGCCAGCUGUAGUGAGACACUUUGGUUUGCAAAUCCUGGAGCACGUCAUCAAGUACCGAUGGAACAACAUGCAACAACAAGAGAAAGUCCAGUUGAAGGAAUGUGCCAUGCAGCUGUUAUCAAAUGGUACUCAUUCUAUCCUGGAGGAGGAGAGCCACAUCAAAGAUGUCCUGUCACGAAUCAUAGUGGAAAUGAUAAAGAGAGAAUGGCCUCAGCAUUGGCCAGAUAUGCUGAAAGAGAUGGAGGCUCUCACUAGCCAAGGGGAGGCACAGACGGAGCUGGUGAUGUUGAUCCUGCUGAGGCUGGCGGAGGACGUGAUCACCUUCCAGACGUUGCCCACCCAACGACGCAGAGACAUCCAGCAAACGCUCACCCAAAACAUGGAAAACAUCUUCAGUUUCAUGAUGGCAAUUCUGCAUAUUAAUGUUGAGGACUACCGUAAACUGAAAGGUUCACCCGGACAUGAACUGCAGGCCCGAGCUCACUGUCGAGUCGCUGUGGCUACGUUGAAUACUCUUGCAGGCUACAUAGACUGGGUGUCUCUGGUGCACAUUACCUCCGGAAACUGUCAUCUACUGGAGAUUUUGUGUUUGCUGCUGAGUGAACCGGAGCUGCAGCUGGAGGCAGCUGAGUGUUUGCUCAUUGCUAUCAGCCGGAAGGGCAAACUGGAGGAUAGGAAGCCAUUCAUGCUGCUGUUUGAUGAUGUAGCCAUCCACUACAUUCUUUCUGCAGCCCAAUCAGCAGAUGGACUGGCAAUAUGUAAAAAAUCUCCUGAAUCGCAAGCAGUGGAGGUGGUGGAGCGGCGCUACAUCUUCCUGAAGAGGCUGUGUCAGGUCUUGUGUGCGCUGGGAGGCCAGCUCUGCUCAUUAGUGGGUUCAGAUGUAGAGGUUGAAGUACCUGCAAAUCUCAGCAAGUACAUGGAGGCCUUGUUAGCCUUCACUACACAUUCCAGCCAGUUUUUAAAGUCAUCCACUCUGGCUACUUGGGGAUCUUUGUUCAGACAUGAGACUCUGUCGAAGGAGGCGGUUGUUGUGGAGAUGACCAUCAAAUACCUCAGAGCGUCUAUGACCAACUUAGUCAAGACUGGAUUCCCCUCUAGAGAUGAUAACCCCAGUUGCGAAUACUCCCGUGUGGACUUUGACAGCGAUGAGGACUUCAAUUUGUUCUUUAAUUCUUUUCGAGCGCAGCAGGGAGAGGUGGUGAGGGGUGCAUGUCGCAUUGUUCCUCUGGAGGCUUUCCAGAUAGCAGCAGAGUGGCUGCAGUAUCAAAUCGCGAGCCCUAUUGACACAGGGGACACCACAUCUAAGACUGCUGAGGGCCUGUGCUCCCUCCUGUCGCCGUCAGUGGUCCAGUGGGAUGCGAUGACCGUCUUCAUGGAGUGUAUGGUCGCACAGAUCUUCAAAAAUCUGGAGGAGGAGAAGUUGCCCAUAGAUCAGAGCAUGGAGCUGCUGCAGGCUGUGCUGAACUACGAAACUAAAGACCCGCUCAUCUUGUCCUGUGUGCUCACCAACGUCUCUGCUCUGUUCCCGUUUACCAUACGAAGACAGCACUUCCUGCCACAGAUCCUGUACAAGCUCUUUAAAGCCAUCACAUUUGAGGUCGGUCAGGAAAACAAGGCACCUCGGACCCGAGCUGUAAAGAACGUGAGGAGGCACGCCUGCUCUUCCAUCAUCAAAAUUUGCCGGGAUUACCCAAAGUUCAUCUUGCCUUGUUUUGACAUGUUCUACAAUCACGUGAAGAAGCUGUUCUCAGGCGACGCCACGCUGACACACAUGGAGAAAUGUUCCCUGAUGGAAGCUCUGGUGCUCAUCAGUAACCAGUUCAAAGACUUUGCAAAGCAGAAGGCUUUUCUGGAUGAACUGAUGGCUUCAGUGGUUUCAGAAUGGACCUCAGAUGAGAUGAGGCAUGUGCUGAGGGACCCUGCCAUGUUCCUGUCCUUUGUUGGAGCUGAUCAGGUGGUCACUGAACAAAGUAAAGAUACAGACACUGCGGGCCUUAAUCGAGGGAGGUUGAGUUUCUGUUUGUAUGCCAUGCUGGGGGUGGUGAAGCGUGCACACUGGCCUGCAGAUCUGGAGGAAGCUAAGGCUGGUGGCUUUGUGGUGGGCUACACCCCCGCAGGAGCUCCCAUAUACAGAAACCCCUGCACCUCUCAGUUCCUGGUCUUGCUGCCCAACCUGCUGGCUCUAAUAAGGACUCAGAACAGUCUGUUCCUGCCUGAGAACAUGGCUCGUCUGAGUGAGACCUUCUCCAGGGCCCAUGAGGUGAUGGAUGCAGAGAAAAAUGUGGUUCUUGGUCUCUCUCAGCACCUUCUGGAUAUCUAUGACUCUCCAGUGUAUAGAACCAACCUGGAGCGCAUGCAGGGAUUUUUCGCCACAUUGUAUGACAACUGCUUCCACGUCCUGGGGAAUGCAGGUGUGUCCCUGCAGCAGGAUUUCUACACCAUAGAGAGGCUGGCUGAAGAAAUAGCUGCUUCUGCUUUUGUCUCCCUCGACCAUGUGCCUGACCACAGACUUCGUCCUAUGAUUCGAGUGUUCCUGAGGCAGCUGGUGCUAUCGUGUCCUCAGGAGUACUACGACAGUCUGCUCUGCCCCCUGCUGGGCCCUCUGUUUGCCUACAUGCUGCAGAGGCUCAACGUCAAGUGGCAGGUCAUCAACCAGAGGACCUCUGUCAAUGGCGAGGAUGAGGAGGAGGCGGUGUGUCAGGAGAGCCAGGUAACGCAGGAGAUGCUGGAGGAGCAGCUGGUCCGCCUGCUCACCAGGGAGGUGCUGGAUCUCCUCUCUGUGAGCUGUAUUUCCAAAAAAGUGCCUGAACCAGCAGCAAAUAAGGAGGAAAUAGAGGAGGAAGACAUGAUGAUGGAUUCAGUGCAGACGCCGUCUCCUGCGCAGCCCACAGAGGAGCUGACCGAGCUGGGAAAAUGCCUGAUGAAACACGAGAACAUCUACAUGACCCUGUUGACCCUCUCCUUCACCUCACUGUCAUGGAAGGACACCACUAACUGUCACCGCACUGCUUCCAUGGUCUGCUGGACCCUUCUGCGGCAGGUCGUAGGGGGGAAUCUUCUUCCUGAGGCUGUCACGUGGUUCUAUACCAGUGUUCUUCGGGGUCUUCAGGUUCAUGGGCAGCAUGAGGUCUGCAACUCCACCCUCUCUCAGCUGGCCAUGCUCAUCUAUGAAAACCUGCGGCCUCGCUACAUGGAGCUGAGAACAGUGAUGACCCAGAUCCCAAACAUCAGUGUGGAGGCUCUGGACCAGUACGAUCACAGGCUCAUAGACCCCAAUGCCCAGAAAGCUGGAGACAAGAAGAGGAAAGACCAGUUCAAGAAGCUCAUUGCAGGGACUGUUGGGAAAGCUCUGUGCCAGCAGUUCAGGAAGGAGGUUCAUAUCCGGAAUCUUCCAUCGCUCUUUAAAAAGCCGAAGCCGGACAAGGAUGCACUGAACAGUGAAGCUCUGGGCCUGGCAGCUCUCUUCUCCCCGGAGAAUAACACCCUGUAGAACACAUGGUGGUUCUAAUGGACUUCAUACUGAAUGAAGACAUAGUUAUGUGUACACACCAGGGUUUCCCUCAGCAUCCUCAAGCUGCGGCAGUGCGGCACCACCUAACAUAACUGUCAACACUCCUGUUUUUUCAUCUUUUUAACCCUCACAGCACCACUCACACUCAAUGAUAUUCCACUAGUCAUUUGUACAGGCAGGUAUCACACAGUAGAUCCAUAUCCCACACUUCUUCUCCAUUCCCCUUGCACAUACCAAUAAAGGAGGUACAUGAGCUAUGGAAAUUUUGUAGGACAUAUUUUUCUGUGUCAGAUUGUAUUACGAGAUAAUCUUGAAAUAGCAGGCUAACCUCAAAUGUUUGCUCUGCAGCAGAAGCUUUAUUGAACCACAAAAAUAUCUUAAAAUUAAGACGAUUCUGCCAUUUUAUUUGGGGCCUUUUUCAUUUUAAAGUGCAAUAUUUGCCCGUUGCCCACCAUCAUGCACACUAAACAUGUACUGAAAGUCCGGCUGUGGUUUGAUAUUCAGCAUAGAAAUUGGCAUCUAAUGAUAUCCAAACAAGCAAAGCCCGUUUAGCCAAUAGCCACAGGAGUAGCCUGUUUGGAAGGUGUGUGUGUGUGAGGGAGCUUGUGGAGAGGUAGAGACUUUUUGUACUUAGAAAGGUUUUUCGUAAUUUCAGGGGUUAGUGUUGGCAGAUGUGUUGACCGACCACCAUGCUGCUGUCAUAUCCUGGGUCUAAAAGAAAGGAAGGAACGUCUAAGACAAAUCCUCGUACACAUUUCUCUUUUUACCCUUAUUUCCUUUUGACUGGACAAGCUUGAAUGCGGUUUCUGAUUCUGAAGGAUGUGCUAAUGGUACCUCAGGUGUGACGUUCCCCGUGAUGGGGUGAAGAUACUUAUGGAAACAUACUCUAAGAAGAAAAGCAGCUGGAUUGUGUUUUCAUGAGCGGUUAUUGUAGGUUUAAGUAUGAACAACAGUUUUUUUAAUUUUUUUAUUUUGCAGAUGUUACACAGCAGUUGGUUCAUGCAAUGAUAGUUUGUUUUUUGCCAGUUCUUCAUAUCAGCACGACUUUCAUGCCCCGACGUCUGUUUUGGAUUGAUUGUUUCGUACGGAGCACAUAUCAUGCUAAAAGUAAUGCAGCCACAUUUUGUGCCAAAACACUUAACAGUGCUUGUUUGACAAAGGUGACCGGAUUUCUUUUUUUUUUUCUGAGAAACAAAACCUAAUAAUGUAUAACUUUGAUAAAUAUUAUUUAAUGGUGGACACAACAACUAAUGUGUAGCUUAAUCCAAGUCUCUCUCUGUGUUCAGUUGGUGAUGCUAUUCUGUUUUUUUUGUGUUUUUCAUGUUUUUUUUUUUCCAACCAUGAGGAAAAGAUGAACCAGCACUACAUUCCUUCAAUGUCUAAAGGAUUGUUUUGAAGCAUAAUUUGUUGGAUGUAUUUUGCUCUUAUGGAGCUGCCAUGUUAGAGAGUGAUUUGUUUUUUGUUUGCUGUUUUUAAGAACUAUGUUGUGUAGAUUCAGACCAAAAUAGUAAAUGGUUUUGGCUUGGAGUGACCUUCAAUGCGUUUAGACGGGUCUGCAUUUCAGAUGCUGUUUCACCGUAACGGGUGGACAUCAUACCAGAAAUAGGAACAUGUCUGAAAUUUUGCUGAAACGAAUUCAUCCCUGUCUUUGUGAUUGUAUGUUCACAUGUGGACAUUUUUAAAAAUGCUUGUUCAACACUAAACUGUUCUGUACAAAGGAUAAAUUUGGCUUUUUAAAAGUGUAGUGUGGUUUAUAUUUUGUUGUUUUUAAAUAAAAAAGAUC